AUUUUAUAACUUUGUUUUCAGCAUUAAAUGGUUGCCAUAUACUCAAAAAAAAAAGGCCCUAUUAUCCACUGACAUCCAAUACUCUCAUCAUUCUUACCCUUACUCCCAAGUCCCAAUAUAUCAUUUUACAUAUUUAUUUUUCAACAAAAAGGAAAGGAAAGAUUACAUCCAUAGAAAACAUUAAUGGAAAUAGCAGCCAAGCUUCCAAAGGCUUCUUCUUCUCCUCUUAAUAAAUUAUUCCAUCCCAGAGCCUCUGUUUUAGUUUCUAAUUUUGUUCCCAUUUCUUCUAAUACCACUAUUUUAAAGCAGAUUCAUGGCUUUAAAAUCAAACAACAACAGUUGAAGAAUUUAGGGGUAGUUUUUGCAAGUUCUGAGCCUCAAACUUCUCCUACCAUUGUUUCUGAAAGAUGGCUUCUUCAACCUAUUGGUGAUGGAGACUCAAGACAUAUAGGAUUUAAGGUUGAUUUGCCAAAUGCAUAUGAAAUUGCUUCGGAUGAGGUGACUGUUGGUCGUGUUCCGGAUAAAGCUGACUUGGUGAUUCCAGUUGCCACAGUGUCAGCUCGUCACGCUCGGAUUGAAAAGAAGAAAGAGAAUCUAUUGGUGACGGACUUGGAGAGCACCAAUGGCACUUUUAUUGGGGAUAAACGCCUUACUCCUGGUGUUGUCGCCACUCUUUACCCUGGAAAUUCCAUUACAUUUGGAGAUACCAACCUGGCCAUAUUUCGUGUGACAAAACUAGAAGCAACAACAGUGGUAUCAGCCAGCAAUGUGGAAGAAUCUGAUCAAGUAGAAGAGACUCCUUCUAGUACCACUGUCUCUGAGACUACUACCUAAAAUAUAUACUAGUACAAUACAAUGUUGUUAAAUCACAUUAAUCGGUGAAACAAAUUGUGUAUUUUCUUUUCUUUCCCUAAUAUUGGCAAUAAAAUUAAAAUAUUUGAUUAAUAAA